AUGGCGUGGACUGCAUCCGCGAUUCCCGAGCAGGAAUUCUGCGAGCCGUUGCAUGAUCUCGAGUCGAAGGCAGAAAAACUGGCGGAAAAGAUUCGCCAAAGCAAACACUUCAUUGCCUUUACUGGGGCAGGCAUCUCGACUUCAGCUGGCAUUCCUGAUUUUCGCGGUCCCGAUGGAAACUGGACUCUCAGAGCCCAGGGCAAGACAAGAACCGGCCCGACGACCAGUACACUCCAAGCGAUCCCGACUUUGACGCAUAUGGCCCUCGUCGAGCUACAAAAUCGAGGUUUUCUGAAAUAUUUAAUUAGCCAGAACUGUGAUGGCUUACACCGUAGAAGUGGUAUCUUGCCGCUGUGCAGAGGCUCACAUAAACAGGAGCAUUUAUCAGAGCUCCAUGGCAACAGUAACCGUGAAUACUGCAAGAGCUGCGGAAAGGACUACAUCCGAGAUUUCCGUGCAGUGGGGACAUACGAAAAAUCAGACGAUGAUCACCGCACCGGUCGCAAGUGUGUGUGUGGUCAUGAUCUCCACGAUAGCAUCAUAAAUUUUGGAGAAUCUCUGCCAGAGAUCCCGCUGGACCUGGCACGCCAUCAUGCCAAAUUGACUGAUCUUUGUCUGGUUCUCGGCUCCUCGCUCACCGUGACGCCCGCCAAUGAGAUUCCCGAAUCUGUUGCUCUUCGUCGGUCCAGGCGAGCUUUAGAGCCGUCUCUAGUCAUCUGUAAUCUACAGAAGACGCCGCUGGACAAACUCUCGCAGAUACGAGUGUUUUCGAAAACAGACGACUUGAUGGCCAGAGUGAUGGACAAACUAGAAAUCCCCGUCCCGUCAUUCAUUCUCCGAAGACGAGUCAACAUCACAGUAGAGGAAAACGAGAGGGGAAAAUGCCAAGUCAAUGUUUUGGGGAUCGAUACUGACGGCACACCAGUGUCGUUUCUUAAAAGCGUCAGACUUCUCACUCACCGCCGCCUUUUGACGAAGGAACCAUUCCGUUUCAUGCCGCAUGGGGGGGUCGAAACGGGGACCAAGCUGGACUUUGAGUUUGAGUUCAUGGGCCAUUACUGUGAGCCCAAGUUGAUGUUCACGCACGAGUAUGAUGACAAUAUUGGCAAGAGUUUGUACCUGCUCGAGUAUGACCCAAGCACUGGGCGGUGGACCAUUGCAAAGGAUGAAGAGGAGUAG